UCAAAAUGCAUCGAUCGUUGAGUGUCUUGUCCCAAAUUCAGCAAGAUUCGCAUCAUGUCUCGUUCCGCAGAGUUCAGCAAUGUCGAUGACGAGGAGUUUUUGAGAGGUUGACGCGCACGAUUCGAAUAUAGCACAGCUUUUCCAUGCCGAACAAAAUUUGCAAACCAAAAAAUUGAGAUUGCCAACUCCAUAGAUGUCUCUGUAACGCCGACUAUCGAUGAUACUCGAUGGAUUGGAAUGAAGAGUAUUGUUUUGUUUGAUAUGAACCAAGAACGAGAAGUGGGAAAAACUUUGAACUUUUUACAACCUAAAAGGCAACAAAAAAUACAACAGACCUCGAAGACCAUUACAAUAGAAAACCUACCUAAAUCAUUGAAAAGAAAGCAAUCAGCGAAGAAGGGAUCGUUCUCUCUUUCACGAUAAACUCAGUCACGUUGUCACCUCUUUCAUUCGGCAUGGAAGAAACAUACGGAAACGUCACUGGCAAUGGGGUUUCAAUACCCUCGGAGAAUCCAGGUGCUUGCAUUCAUCGGCAGCAUUAUUCCUUCCCGACGCAAGGAUACCAAUGGCAACAAAAGAAGGAUUGCGCCACUACUGCAACUACACAGACGACAAGCACGACAUUGAAUCUCUCUAGUAGUGAGUCUUCUGCGGUUGUAUCACUUCAAGAUCUUUCUGGAAACCUGAUCACUACGACAUCCACCACGCCACAAGCGAAUCGCRUUAUCAUCGAAACAGAGUUGUCGAAUCUAACGGAAUCACCAUCAGUGAAAGAAUCGGACCGAGAAACCAUUGGUGGGAGAAACGCAACAAUUUGUGGAGAGUUAAUACUCCUUCCAGAUCAGAUUGCGGCAUCCAUGAUCCGUCUAUACCAAUUGGAGCUGAAGAAAAACGUCCUGAGAUACCGGCGUUUUAUUCUGGAACAACGCCUGCACAACAUUCAACGAGUUUCUGUUUUUCCAUCACCUGAAGGAGAUCCACACCCAAAACGUAAAAUGGUASUCAAUCAGAAGUUCGAGGUGACCCUCAACCAUACGAAUGGAGACACGGGAUCGUCAGAUGUUGGGGAGAGAAUGUCUUUGUCAAAAGCCUUUCUAUACACUGGGUGGCUUGAUGCUGCRGGACAGCCACACGAUGACAAAGGAAUCCUUCGAUUCGAAGAUGGUCAAGAAUACAAAGGAAAUGUCUACAAGGGCCAGCGCCACGGAUCUGGAAUCAACCGCUGGCCCGAUGGCCAAAAGUACGACGGAGAAUGGCGCCACGAUAGCAGAUAUGGAAGGGGGGCACACACCUGGAACGAUGGUCGGACCGUUGCGGGGUCUUGGAAAGACGGCCACUUGCACGGGCGCUUGUUUUAUCGGUGGCCGAACGGGGCRGUGUUUGACGGCAACGCCAACAUGGGGAAAAAGGAGGGGAGAGGCGUCAGCACGCGCUCGGAUGGGAGUGUCUACAACGGYAACUACAAAAACGGAAAGGAGAACGGAUUUGGGACGGUGAUCCGGCCCGAUGGCGUCAAGUUCCGGGGUCACUUCCGAGACGGGAAGAAAGAAGGAUACGGUGUCAUGCUGUGGCAGACCCGGACCUACGAAGGAGAAUGGUCAAACGAUAAGCCACACGGGCGGGGCAGGGUUGUGUGGUCGAACGGAGCGGUCUUUUCCGGUCGAUUYCAGCAAGGAAGCUUCUCGGGAAUGGGGGUCUACACCUGGCCAUCCGGAGAGAAAUACGUGGGGAUGUGGGAGAACGGAGCCAAGUCCGGCCACGGCAMACACACCUGGCCGUGUGGCAAGAAAUACGAUGGCCACUACACGAAUGGCCGUAAAGAGGGAUACGGGCGGAUGAGCUGGCCGGACGGGUCCGCUUAUUGCGGAGGAUUCAGGCACAACAAGCGGUAUGGACGGGGAAUCCAAACCGACCGCGAUGGAGCCGUGGUUCACUGUGGCUUGUGGAAGGACAACAUUCCCCUUGACGAGGCCGGAGGAACGACGAAGCUGCCCCCGGUCGUAGAAGGGGGCACACCAGRAUUUCGAUUGGGAAUGAAAAAUGCUCGUUUGUGGUCGGGAAGCAGCACCGAUACAGGUGGGUUGGAGUCGUUCGACCACGUACAACGUGGCGAGAAUCCACUUCUCUCCGAAUCUCGCCAAGACGCAGAUGCCGUACAUCAUCGAUCGUCCAUCUGUCAGUCUUCGGGCCCGGCAAUCAUAGAACGUGUGUGCAUUUGAUCAUUCAAGAAUUAGUGCAURUAUUGAUUAAUUGAGCAUUUUUGUACUAUACAUCUUGUUAUUACUAAUGACAUCGACUCGUUAUCCAAGUUUGUGACGUUUUUGUGUUUGAACGAGAACACAACCCAGUAGCAGGUAUCAGGCUGGAGUAUAAACCCGUAGAGUCGUU